AUGCGGAGACGAGGCGCCCUCCACAAAUGCCUCUCCCCGGAGCCACAAAGUGUUAGCCUUGGCAGUGUCUGUUUCGCCCUCGUCGCUGCUGGCCUUCGCUAUGGUGGACCAGACAAUAAAGGAAUGUCGAUUCUCGCUGUCGUCUUCAUUUUCGUGUAUUACGUCUUCUACGGUAUGUCCCUCCUCUCAAUCCCUUAUAUGUAUCCAGCGGGAAUCAACUCCCAGAAAAUGCGCAACAUCGGCACAUCCUUUGCUACAACUGUCAACUGGCUUUUCGUCUACGUGGUUGUCGUCGCCACUCCUACCGCCAUCGCCAACAUCCAGUGGAAGUACUACAUGCUUUAUGCCAUUUUCAACUUUUGCUUCAUCCCCGUCAUCUGGUGGUUCUAUAUUGAGACUGCGAAUCUCUCUUUGGAACAGGUCGACCGUCUGUUUGAAAUCAAAAAUGAAGGUGGAAACGACAUGAGUUGGUCUGAAGCUACCAGGCUAGCCCAUAAGGAACGGGGAGUUGGAUUGAGCAUCCACCUGGAAAAAGACCACGGAAAUUCCGAGCACUGUGAAGUUGUAGCAUGA